AUGUCACUUCCAAACCAUCUUGCUCAACACUUUAUUGAACUUAAAAGUGAUCAAGAAGUAAAAGUCAUCUUGCAAGACCAAGAUGAAUGCUUAACUAUCUACAAAGAAACACAACAGAAACUAGAAGCCUUUAAUAAAUUUAGUCAGGCACGAUACCAGAACAUUCAUAAACAUUUUGAAGCACAUACAAAACUACUUGAACAGACUAAGAGUGACUUAAAUGGCGUUUUUGGAAAAUUAAGAAAGAUAAAAAAUCAGCUUGCUUUACAAUACCCAAAUGAAAUGAACAGAGUAUUAAACAAGUAUCCACCCCCUCAAGUACAAGAUGAUUAA